CUCAACUCAGCUCACCACCUCGUCCUCCCCCAACCCAAAGCGGCAGCGCACAGGUUGGCUUCUGGCACUUGCAACCAGGCCAAAGCACAAGGCGUUUCUUGGGGGAAAAAACUACACGCCAUGGCCACAUCUCUCGCCUGCGCCUUCUUCUUCUACGCCGAGCCGGUCGGCGAGACCAGCCUGCCCGCGCUGGACGCGUGCGCGCUCUGCGCCAAGCCGCUGGCACGCGACAGCGACAUCUUCAUGUACAGAGGGGACACGCCCUUCUGCAGCGAGGAGUGCCGCUACGAGCAGAUGCAGCCCGACGCCAUCCGCGCGAGGAAGGCCGCCAGGUCCGCCGGCCGGAGGCAGCAGUACUCCCAAAGAACGGAAUCUCCUCGUGGGCACCAAGACUCCAGGAAGGUGUCCGUGGCGAGCUAAACGACCGGAAGCAGGAAGCUGCAUGGCUGAGACAGGAAGCUGCAUGGCUGAGAAGAACUAGGUUUGUGUCAACAAGAUCUGAAGAUCCGGCGAUUGACGGGAUGAAGGAGAUCUAUUUGUCCAUCUCUCCUGUCUUGCCUGAGAGACAUGCUCUGGUACCCGUCGGCGCCGGAGGGCCUGAGGAUCGGAGAAAGUUCAUCUUGCUUGCUUGUGGCUUUGGCUAUCUGAUCAGUAGCCCACUAUGCACCUUUUCUACGCUCUGAUGUUGGCUCGUCGUGUGUGCCGGAGUGUGAUUUAGCACUUUAGCUUUGAGUGUAGUGCACCACUUUGUAAAUCCGAUUCAUUUGGAAAUCUUGUUCCAAAUUCGAGCAAAUUUUGAGGAACCAUAUCUUGUCUGAACUA